AACCAUCCUAUGAUGUUGACUUCAGGGAAUAGCUCUUCUCAUCCUGUGUCCUUCAUCCUGCUUGGGAUCCCAGGAUUGGAGAAUUCCCAGUUUGGGGCUGCCUUUCCAUUCUGUGCCAUGUAUGUUGUGGCUUUAGUCGGCAAUAUCACUCUCCUUCGUGUAAUCCGAACUGACCCCACCUUGCAUGAGCCCAUGUACCUCUUUCUGGCCAUGCUGGCUGCCACUGACCUGGUCCUCUCCACGUCCACACAACCUAAAAUGCUGGCCAUAUUCUGGUUUCACGAUCAUGAGAUUGAAUACCAUGCCUGCCUCAUCCAGUUGUUCUUCAUCCAUGCCUUUUCUUCAGUGGAGUCCGGAUUGCUCAUGGCUAUGGCCUUGGACCGUUACGUGGCUAUCUGCUUCCCACUGCAUCACUCUAGUAUCCUAACCCCAUGUGUCGUGGGUAAACUGGGGGCAGGUGUGAUGAUGAGAGGGCUGCUGUGGGUGAGUCCUUUCUGUUUCAUGGUGUCCAGGAUGCCCUUCUGCCCCAGUCGGAUCAUCCCCCAGUCAUACUGUGAGCACAUGGCUGUGCUGAAGUUGGUGUGCGCUGACACUAGAGUAAAUCGUGCAUAUGGACUUUUUGUGGCCUUCUCUGUAGUUGGCUUUGACAUUAUUGUCAUCAGUGUAUCCUAUGGAAUCAUUUUGAGAACUGUUCUGGGGUUACCCUCAGGUGCAGCCCAGCUCAAGGCUUUUGGCACAUGUGCUUCUCAUAUCUGUGUCAUCUUGGCUCUUUAUAUCCCAGCCCUCUUUACUUUUCUCACCCACCGCUUUGGGCAUCAUGUGCCCCAAGUAGUACAUGUCAUGUUUGCUAUUCUCUAUCUCCUGGUACCUCCCAUGUUCAACCCCAUCAUCUAUGGAGUUAGAACCAAACAGAUCAGGGACAGGGUUAUUCAAGGAUGUUGUAGAAAAAACUCUCAACCCAAAGCAUAG